AUUACCUCCAGUACGCUGCUGCCUCUCAGCGUACAGAGCAGCACACAGUGGAACAGCUUCUCCACACUAAUUCAUGUGUUUUCCUCCAUACGGACGUGUAGAAACUGUUAGUCAGGCUGUCACAGUAAUAGGUCUGUUGGAUUAUACCACAAGGAAGACACAAGGAAGACAGAGAAGAGCUGAGGAGGAGUGACACUUCAGAGUUUUAACACUAACAAUCCUCUUUUAGGUCUCAGCCUCCUCCAGUCCUCUCUGCUUGUUAGCUUGUUUACCAAGAGAGAGAGGUUUUCUACCCUCCAAAGGAAACAUGAGCUUCUUUUUUGGAAACCGUUCAUCCAAGACGUUCAAGCCCAAGAAGAACAUCCCGGAGGGUUCUCAUCAGUACGAGCUGUUGAAACAUGCAGAGGCUACACUGGGAAGUGGAAACCUGCGCAUGGCAGUCAUGUUGCCCGAGGGUGAAGACUUAAACGAGUGGGUCGCAGUCAACACUGUGGAUUUCUUCAACCAGAUCAACAUGCUGUAUGGCACCAUCACAGAUUUUUGCACAGAGGAAAGCUGUCCAGUCAUGUCUGCUGGUCCAAAGUAUGAGUACCAUUGGGCGGAUGGAACCAACAUCAAGAAGCCCAUCAAAUGCUCUGCUCCCAAGUAUAUUGAUUACCUCAUGACCUGGGUGCAGGACCAGCUUGAUGAUGAGACACUUUUCCCUUCAAAGAUCGGUGUCCCCUUUAAGCGAAACUUUAUGUCAGUGGCGAAGACCAUUCUGAAGCGCCUGUUCAGGGUCUACGCUCAUAUCUACCACCAGCACUUUGACUCCGUGAUGCAGCUGCAAGAGGAGGCCCACCUCAACACGUCGUUCAAACACUUCAUCUUUUUCGUUCAGGAGUUCAACCUCAUCGACAGGAAAGAGCUGGUCCCACUACAGGAGCUGAUUGAAAAACUGACCACCAAGGAUAGAUAAACAGCAAUGUAUUCCUUAUUUUAUUGGUCUUCUAGUUUUUGCACAGAUACCCACCCCACCCUGGCUGUAUGUAUGCAGUAUAUACUAUAUUUCCAUUUGGGGAAAUGUUUUUAAUAAGGCCAGGAAGAAAGGACGGGUCUUGAUAGGUUUAAGGCACCAGGACUAAUGCUAUCAGGGAUUACACACUUAAUUGAACAAAACACAGAUUAGCAUAUUGGAGAAAAUGGUUUUAGCUGUCUGGAAAGAUCCCCAGUAUUCAGUCAUGGCUUACAUUUAGGAUAAUAUAGACAUAUAUGUUCAUUAGUUUUCUAUUAUACUGCACAGACUUUUCCUUUUUGGUUUUUCACUUGGAUUUAUGUCAACACGAGGCAUUUCCAUGCUCUUAGAUUCCCAUUUCUAGCUCACCUGCAGGGAAGAAUAGUGUGUAAGCAAAGGUGCUGUAUUAUUAUAGGAGAGGCUUUGUUGGUGUUGUGGCAAGAAUUGAAGCCAGCCUUUUAAGCCAAUUUCACCGCAGUUUAUUUUAUUCAUUAAUCUACAUAGAAGGAUCUGGGUUGCGGUGUGCUACUUUUCACAUCUGUAAGAGCCCACAUCUGUCAAUACAAAAUAAUCCUAAGUGCCUCGCAUGGCUCAUAAUUGCCCUAUAUCAACAGUGAGAGCUGUCAGAAGAUAAAAGGCCAUAUACCACUGACUUGAUUGACACAACAUUAAAUUUUCCACGCCACCUCCCCUUUAAGUUUCUGUGGUUCUUAAUUCCCUCUCACGCCCCGUUUAUACAUAUUUUCCCUUUUCAAAACCACACUCCUCACCAAACCCUUAUCCUUAUUUAGUUAGAAAGUGUCUUUACCAAGUGUUCUGUGCAGGUUAUGAUAAAUGAAUGUGUUGAAGGAAAUAGAAGUGAGGCUAGAUAUAUUGUCAUGUUGUAGCAGGGAAUAAAAAUGAACUAAACCUUUAGCGUUUUCCUGUGUACUAGUUGUUUCCCUCAAAAACUUGAAUAGAAACAAAUUUUAGGAAAAGUGUUCAAGGGAUCUAAAACCUUAAAUUGUAUAUAAAAUAGAAAGUAGAAACCUGUGUUUAAAGUCACAACCUUCACUGUUAAAAAAUACAAUUGGAUUAUGCUGCAUCCCUUGUUAUCUCACUAGCCAUAAAGCACUUUCAACAAUUUUCCUGACCUCUUUUGCCUGAAUGUUUAUUCUGCAUAGACCGUGCUUUGUGGGAAGCUGUAUCAUGUGACUGAUCAUAGUUUAUUUCCUCCCCUCAUAUUUCCCCCCAAAUGAAUGUUGAAUUGCUUAACCUCCUCUGAAAUUGGCUCUGAGGCACAAGUGAUAUUUCUUAUGCUUUUGUAUGGUCGGAGUUGUUUGUUGCUGUGCUUCAGACGGCAGAUGCAUGUACCCUUCCCAAUCUCAAAGUGUAGUUUACUAUGCAAUAUUUGACACAACACUAAAAGGGUUACUGGUUGGCUCAUUUAUACUUUAUCUAAUAUUCAUUUCCUGGUGUAUGAUAGAAAUAGAAUUCUCUUUCGAGUUUGGUUUGAAAAAACAGCGAGAUGAACAUUUUAUAUAUCUUUAUAUAUAAUUUGUCAGAGAGGUGUAAUGCUUCAAUGCACACAUGUAAAUACUGAGGGUUAGACCUGUCUUAAAGAUACUUUUUCAGCGAGCAUGGAGUGGUAGCUUUUGGUUUAAAGAAUGCAUUUGAGUCUUUUUAGAGGCUGCUUCCCCUCCCCCCAUUUUGGAUAUUAAAAUAUUGUUUGUUUUAAUUGUUGAGUAUCUUUUUCCACUUCCUUAGCUAACUAUUAUGAAUGUUACUGCUCACCAGAUAUCUGAAAAUGUAAUAGAAAAUCAGUCAUCCUGAAAGCAUCUCAUCCUUAUGAAAUGCCCAUAACAUAGCCUAUUGCCUACAGUUGUUCCUCCUUGACUGUAAUAAUUGAUGACAUGUUUGUAAAUAAUGGCUUGGUAGGGGUUUUCAAUGCUACUGAAUUGAUUUAUGCUGUUUACAAGGCAAAUAAAGGUGGUCUUGACUCUUUGAA